GAUGAAAUGAAAUUUCAAUUUUAUAUGGCGUCGUUUGACGUGUCCGUCGUUUUCUAAUUUUUUCCACAUUUUUACUAAAAAAAUUAUCAAUAUUUAAUCAUUUUGUAUUCUUUUAUAGGAAAUAUAAGGCCGAUUACCAGUUCAUAAACUGCAUUUACCCAUUUCCCAUAUAUAUUUUUCCUAGUAUUUUCUAAGUUAAAUAAAUAAAUAUGGGUGAUAGUGAUGAUGAAUAUGAUAGGAAAAGGAGGGACAAAUUUAGGGGGGAACGAGCAGAAGCCAGCUAUAGAGGCGCCGAAAGGGUAGCACGUCCCAGAGACGAUUGGACAGAACGUGAAACUUGGUCUCGCCCUAGACCUAGAGAAUACAGGCCUAGAGAUCGUGGAUAUUCUCCCAGUAUGGAACCUACAGCAAAGAGAAUUCGUCAUGAUUAUUAUGGCGGGGAAGGGUAUUACAAUCAUUAUACACCUUAUCACCAAGCAGCUCACAGUUUUCAAAGAAGUUUUUUCUUCAGAGAGCCUCCUCCGGGUGCGGCUCAGGCCGAGGGGCAACAGCCCCCUAUGAUGUCGUUUAAGGCGUUCUUAGCCACCCAGGACGAUAACAUCAGUGACAGUGAGGCUAUUGAGAAAUACAAUGACUAUAAACUGGAGUUCCAAAGGCAACAGUUGAAUGAGUUCUUUGUUGCGCACAAGGACGAUGAGUGGUUCAGAUUGAAAUACCAUCCUGAAGAUUCAGUUAAACGCAAAGCUGAACAGGCAGCAGCAUUACAGAGAAGACUAAGAGUGUUUUCCGAUUUGUUCAAAGCCGGAAAAAUUGAUAAUACAACUGUAGACUGUUACCAAACUACCAAUCUUCUUAAAUUGUUGGAUACAGUGGUUAUUAAACUCGAAGGAGGUACAGAUGAAGAUUUGGAGCUUUUGGAAAAAGAAUAUGAAGAAAUGGAGGCAAAAUAUAGAGAGCAGAAAGAAAAAGAGGCUGCAGCAGAGAAAGCUAAAGAAGCAAGAGCCGCCGAAGAGGCAAGAAAGAAAGAAGAAAAAGGGACCGAGGUUAAAAUAAAACAAGAACCAGAGGAAAAGAAAACUAAUGGUGAACAGUCUGAUCCUAAAAAUGACGAUGCAAAAUCGGAUAAAGAAGAGGGAGAAGCAGAUGAUAAAGUAGAGAAUGAAGAAAAGCCUGAAGAAAAUAAUGUUCAAAAUGAUGAAGAAAAGGAAAAAGAAAAAGACGAAGUUGAAAAAGAAACUGUCGAGCCGGAGCCAGAAGAAAAGAAAGAGGAACCCAUGGAAGGAGUUGAAGAAGAAGAACAAGAAAAAGAAAAGGAAACAGAAGAGCCCCCAAAAGAAAAAGAAGAAGAAGAGGCUCCUGAAGAACAGAAAGAAGAGCCAGAGGAAAAGAAAGAGCCUGCAAAGGAAAAGAAGAGGAAACGAUCAUACUCUGGGAGUGGCAGUAGCAGUUCUUCUUCAGGUUCAAGUAGUUCUAGCGAUGAUGAAGAUGAAGAAAAAGAAACAAAAAAUAACGAUGAAGGAAAGAAAAAAGAAGUGGUGGAAGAAGAAGAUAAGUCUAAGGAAAAGGAAAAGGAAGAAACAGUUGUAGAAACGAUUGAGUUGGUCUCUGAUGACAGUAAACCGGAAAAACCGAAGGCUUUGCAUAAAACGACGUCGAUAUUCUUGAGGAACUUGGCUCCGACUAUCACCAAACAAGAAGUUGAAGCCAUUUGUGCUAGGUAUGAUGGAUUUUUGCGUGUGGCAUUGGCCGAUCCUCAGCCAGAACGUCGAUGGUUGCGUCGUGGAUGGGUGACUUUUAAGAGAGACGCUAACAUCAAAGAAAUAUGCUGGAAUCUGAAUAAUAUUAGGUUAAGGGAAUGUGAGCUGGGAGCCAUUGUUAAUAGGGAUUUAAGCAGAAGGAUUAGACCUGUCAACGGAAUUGUCGCCCAUAAGCAAGUUGUUCGAUCUGACAUCAGAAUCGCCGCUAAAGUUACCCUUCAUCUAGAUUCCAAAGCCAGUUUGUGGGUGGACGAAGAAGAAAAGAAAGACAAACCACAACAGACUUUUGGUCUUGUAUCCAACAAUCCUGUGCUACACAACAUCACUGACUACCUCAUUGAAGAAGCGAGUGCUGAGGAAGAGGAACUUUUAGGGUUAGAGCCGACCUCUGAGAAUCAAGAGGCUGUAUCGACUGUGGACAGAGAUGAAAAUCUCAUAAAAGUUUUGGACAGAAUCGUUUUGUACUUGAGAAUCGUACAUUCGGUCGACUAUUACAACCAUUGCGAGUACCCGAAUGAGGACGAGAUGCCGAACAGGUGCGGAAUUCUGCACGCCAGAGGCCCCCCGCCCACUUCCAAGACCGACAUGACUCAGUUUAUCGGAGCUCCGGUGGAAGGGAAAAUGUCGAACUUUUUGCCGGAGAAACCCAAGGAGGAGAAAGACAAAAACGAGGCGAAGCUGGUCGCUAUGGCGCUGAAGAACGUCGAUACGGAGGUGGACAAGUUCGUGCAGGCCAAUACCAGAGAGUUGUCGAAGGAUAAAUGGUUGUGUCCUUUGUCUGGAAAGAAAUUUAAAGGUCCCGAUUUCGUUCGCAAACACAUUUUCAACAAACACUCUGAGAAAAUUGAGGAAGUUAAAAAAGAAGUGGAAUUUUUCAACAAUUAUUUGAAAGAUUCAAAAAGACCAAUGCUGGCUGAAGCUCCUCAUCCAAAACGAGAAGAAGCGCCUUCCUAUAGCCACCAAGGGUAUGGCGGUGGAUAUGGUAUGGGCGGUUUUAACCGACCCCAACCGUUUUAUAAUCAAGGUUUUGCGCCGAGAUCUCGUGGUUAUGCCCCCAGAGCACGAGGUGGUCCAACUGACUUUGGCAGACCGAUCAUACAUUACAGGGACCUGGACGCCCCCAGGGAGCCAGAGGAAUUUAUUUAAGAUAAUAUAUUUAUCUUGUUAGUUACAAGUUUAGUAUGGAAUCAAGGUGGAGUUUGUGAAUAUUAUUUUGUAUGUUUUUAUUUAAUUGUAACUGACUCAACUUUUAAUAAACACACUAGAUAUAAUAUUUUUGGUUUU